AGAAAGCACUUUCAGAAAAGUUCUACUACUUUAGAGAAAGUUUAUAAUGUUUUCUCCUUCUAAAAAGGAAGAGGGAGAUAGUCCAAGAGCUUUUAAGUCAUAACUGUUACCUUGUAGUCAAAUAAACCGAUAUUUUUUCCCUAAAAAGUCAGUUUCCGCCGGCUCUGGGUCGGGAACUUUUAAGCCCUUGUUUCCUCGGGCCCCUCUCAGGCUGCCUCACACCAGGAGGAGCGGAGUUGCCAAAGGGGAAGGCUGAGAAAUGCCAGAACCCACGAACAGGAAUUACGUUACUUAAGCCGGGAGUUUGCUUAUUAAAAUGUAGGUGUUGCUUUUAGAGCCGGUUUUAGGUGGCUCGUUCAGGUCUGACAUUCCCCAUCCCGCCGGUGUGAAGCCUCACGCUAUCCUUACCGAGCCCAGGAAAAACACCCAUCCACGUAGUCGUAGUUUUGGCGGUUUUCUCUUUGGGUCGGGUUUUUGGUUUGAGUUUAUUUCAGUAUACAGAAAAACUAAAACCACAGCGAACCCCAGGAGCCAGUUUCUAAAUUACUACAAGCUUUUUAACAAAUUAAACAAGAGUAGCCCUUAGGCCAUUCACGACAGGAUAAGGCGUGGAAAACGAGCUCUACACUGUAGCCGGGGAGAAUGGUCCUUCCUGGAAUCUCUGGCAAAAAGUACCUUGGGAGACUCGAGGACCUGUGCGGUGUUGGAGUCGGGGAUCCUUCACCCGGCUUCUUUGAAGGUGGUGUACUUGACAAACGCUCUGUGACUGUUUUAGUCCUGGGCUGUCCGGUAAAAAGGUAAUUAAGCUAAUUAACUCAAAUUAACUAGCACCCUUAUAACCCAAGCUUAAAGGCUGUGGUGCAGAUAAGGAUUAUUAGCUGUGAAUGCCUCAGGCACCCCUGAGCCGCCCCUUAGCGCCGGUGCCCCCGCGCCCCCGCCCCCGUUCCCCUCCGCCGUAGGGAGCGCAGUGGGCUCUGGCAGAGGCGGGAAAACCCCACCCUCACUGGGCGCCUCUGGAGAAGCAGAGCAGGGGCAGGAACGACUCGGGGGUGCUUUAACUGCGGGCUGGGUGCGGCGGGGGCCGCGGGGCUGAAGUAUCAAGCGUGAGGAGCGGGGCAAUCCUCGCCGGUGCUCCCUCACGUCCCCGAGGGGCGGGCUGGGCACACCCGGUCUCCUCAGGCUCCCGGCCGGGGCCGAGCGCGGAGGGGGCGGGGAGGCAGCGGUUGGUGAGGGCGGGUAGUUCAAACCCGAGCGAGGGAAAGCGGCCGCGGCCGCACGCGAGGGGCCGGUGUGGGUGGGGAGAGCGAAGCGGCUCCUCGCCAAGGGCAACGGGCCCGGGGCCGGGCGGCGAGAGCUGCUGGAGUUCUUCCAGCCCGCCUCCACUCCUGCUCCUCGCCUUCAGCCCUGCUCGGGGUGCCCCGCCGCCGCCUCAGCUGCGCCCGGUGGUAGGGCGGCCCCCAGGCUCUGCUCCUGUGCCCACCGGUUUGCCAGAGGAGAGGGCGAAGCGGUUGCUUUGCUCGUGUCUGGCAUCCCAGGUGACUGAGACCCUCGGAUGCUGGUCCUCAGCUACAUCUCAAUUAUCGCCGUCGCUGGGUUAUCACUAGGGGUAAGCAAUACUUUGAAUACACCGCCUUUGCAUUGGAAGAUCUUGAUUUGCUUCACAAAUUAGGAAUGCCUGAGCAUGAAACUGCAAGCAUGAGAUUUUCCUUUUGUUUCUUCAGCAUGCUACCUGAAAAUUAAUUUUCUAAGCCUGGAAGACUUUGGGCUUUCGUUAAAUGUGUGGUUAGUUUGACUGUGUUUAAGGGAAAUACUAAUAUUUUUAAAGAAACAGCAGUGGUAUCUUUAGAAAGUCAGUGUCAAGCAGAAGAUGUCGGACAGUCAUCUAGUGAGGUUCAAUAUUCUUAAAAGAAAUAGAUUAACACCUUCCAGGAGCAACUUUAAAUACUCAAAUUUUAAAGACACGUGUUGCACUUCAGCAUUUCUGGACAGCAGAUGCAACGAGUCAGUAAAAGAUCCUGAUGCAGAAUGUGAAGAAGCACCGAGUGUAACAAGUGUAUCAUUGCUACAGCAGCAUUCUGAGCACAUCCAUCCAAGUGCCUUCUUUCCCAUGUCACCAUCUAUUGAAAAAGAAUUUAAUUCUAUCUCCUUAUCAGAAGAAAGAGAAGCAAAUAGAAGUGAAGAUUUUUUUGAAACUCCUAAAUCAAGUAGAAAAGGCUCAUCACUACGCAGGAGGCUGCUUUUGCCCAAUAUUGUCAAAGCUGGCACAAAUGUAGGAUGCUGUGAAAGACAACUUAGUUCUUCAGGAGGCAUCAGGAAAAAAAUAUUCUCUUGUGUUUUGAGUUCUGAAGAAAAGCUCUCACAAACUGCUGCAUAUUCUCCAAAAGAUAAAGGUUACAAACCUCUGACAACUAGCACUUCAGAACCUGAGAAUUCUAAUCCUGAUUCUCCAAAACGGAGGCUCUCCUUUUCACAACAAAGGACUUCUACACUAGAGGAGUCCCAGAGUAAGGACCCCUUAUUGUUAGAAUCAGAGAGUUUAUCUCCAAUUCAGUGGAAGGAUGUCACUGCUAGUAACACUAAUGAAUUUAAUGAAAAUGAUCUUAUGAGUGUUAGAGAGGGGGUGCUUAGGACUCCUACUUACAGUAGGAGUAGCCUCCCUGAGGCCAGUGAGGGUAAAUACCUGAUUCCUAUCACCAGUCCUGUAGAGAACUCAAACUUUGGACUAUGUGACGUAAAUUCUCCCCCUGUUAAGGUAGCAAAUUACCCAGAUCUUUCAACGCCUGAAGAUAGUGGAUAUAAUUCACUUCCUUUGGACAAAUCAGGAGACUCAUUGUCUGAUUUUGAGGGAUCUUUCCAAGAGCUCUUCCAAAAGCACAAAGAAGAUUCCAAAACUUUAGACAGUAAAAGAAAGACAAGAAAACUUGAGCGAGUCAGAAGGUUAUCCACUCUUCGGGAACUAGGCUCCCAGUCAGAGACAGAAGAUAAUCAUGGCAGUCCUACUUCAGUGCAUUUAUUAACAAAAGAAAGAGACUUUGUCAGUGAAGGUCAUGAGUUAGUUCUAAAAGAACAGCUGAGUGGAGACCUGGUUGUAAGUCAUGGAGAUCUCUCAAGAACUCCAGCUCUGAAAAUAGUUCAUGAAAUUUGCUUGCAAAGACAAAGAUUGCACCAAAAGCAAAUCUCGGAGAAUAUUGAUGGAACAGAAAUAUUUGCAUUAGAUGAUGUUCUUCCUGGACUUAUUGGCAAGAAAAUGGGCCUUGAAAAAUUAGAUAUUUUAACAGAAUUGAAAGAUAGAAAUUUAAAACAUGUCCUUGCUAUAGUUUUAGAUGCUUUGACAGUAGAAAGUCUAUGCAGCAUUUGGAAAGUAAGCAAAAGCUGGCGUGAAAUCAUUGUACAAGACAGAAGUGCAGAUAAGAGGAGAAAGUUGUACACAAAACAGCUCAAAGAAGCAGCUCGGGAAUAUUUAUUGAAGACUGAAGAUGCUGCUACAAGACUUAAUAUUCUCAAUAGGUCUGCUCUAAGGCCUGUUCAAGCUCAAGCCAGAACUCCUGUUUUACAGACACCACCUUCACACACUGAACUUACACCUAGGAGAUGCAGUUCUGUUCCCCACUCAGCUAGUAGGCAGGAAGAAUACAUGAAAGUUGCUAAAACUCUAUUCACUGAUGAAGCUCUAAAACCCUGUCCAAGAUGUCAAUAUCCUGCUAAAUAUCAAUUGGUAAAGAAACGGGGACUAUGUAGCAGAGAAUCAUGUGCAUUUGAGUUCUGUAUUUUAUGUCUGCAUGCAUUCCAUGGGUCAAAAGAAUGUAGUAGUUUAUCUGCAAAACGGAAGAACAAAAAAGAUGCUCCACCAGGAAGUGCCCAAAGCAAAAGAAAUUUAAAAAGGCUCUAAAUUUGUAAAGCAUGUAACUCCUUACAUUUAACUCAUUCCUAAAGGUAUGCAUUUUGAAAGUAUCAUCCCAUUUGUUCUUGCUGACUUACCAAGAUAACCUCUCAUGUAUAUAUCUUAAUUAACAUAGUAUAAUUUUGUUUUUUAAAAAAUGAACAUUUAAAAAUAUUUUAUGUUUUGUUUUACCUGUUGUGUAGUAGGUAGAAAUUUACUAACAUCUUAAUUUUUAAAUAAAGUGUCUUAAAUGUAGUCUUUAAUAUUUA